CUAUGCAGCUAAUGCAGUCGCUUGAUUCAUUCUUCGAAAACGGCCAUACGAACAACUGGGUUGUGUUAGUGUGUACUUCUCGAUACUGGUUUAACUACCGCCAUGUGGCGAACGUACUCUCACUCUAUCACAGCGUUAAACGGCUUGGUAUCCCGGACAGCCAGAUAAUCCUCAUGAUUGCUGACGAUAUGCCAUGCAACCCCCGUAAUCCGCGCCCAGGUACUGUUUAUAAUAACGCACAGGAGCACAUCAAUUUGUACGGCGAGGACGUGGAAGUUGAUUACCGCGGCUAUGAGGUGACGGUCGAGAACUUUAUACGUGUUCUCACGGGACGCGUUCCUUACGAGAGUUCGCGAAGCAAGCGUCUGCUUUCUGAUCACACCAGUAACAUAUUAAUUUACAUGACAGGUCUGUACUUGCGGAUUUGCACACCACCAUUUCUGUACUGGUCCGAUGUAGGUCACGGUGGAGAAGGCUUUCUGAAGUUUCAAGACUCUGAAGAGAUCACGGACGUAGACCUCGCCGAUGCUAUUGCUCAAAUGUGGAGCAAGAACCGAUAUCAUGAAUUAUUUCUGGUUGUGGACACUUGCCAGGCGGCAUCGAUGUACUUCAAGAUCUACAGCCCUAACGUUCUUGCUGUCGGAAGUAGUCUCGUAGGCGAAGACUCCCUAUCGCACCAUGUCGACAGAGCGAUAGGAGUGUACAUAAUCGAUCGAUAUACGUAUUUUGUGCUUGAAUUUCUCGAAAAAGUACAGCCGAACAGCAAUAGAAGUUUACAGGAGUUCCUUGACGCAUGUCCGCCUUAUAAAUGUUUGUCCACCGUCGGAGUUCGCUACGAUUUAUAUCCGAGAGAUCCACGGCAUGUGCAUGUGACAGAGUUUUUCGGUUCGGUUCGUCAUAUCGACUUCUUGAACGAAAGGGUGCAUAUCCCCAGUGACUACGUUGAUCAAAGAGAUCCAUCCUGUUCAGCCGAACACUUGAAGACUACUCUGUCAAUGACGCAGGAACCUGUAUAUCACUACCAGGAUCCGCUUCCAUGGAGUGGCAUCUGAAC